AUGGAGUCUGGACAGGGUGGAGUCAAUAUUCCAGUGUGGAAUGGCGAGGCUUCGACACUCGAGAGUUUCGAAGAGAAGGUGAAGUUGUGGGUCCUCGGCACUAAGGAGGAGGAGGACAGAGUCUAUCUGGGCCCUAGGCUGGUGCAGGCAAUGGACGAGGACUCCCAGCAGUGGCACGAAGCCAAGAAGGUCUUGUUAGACGACUUAGUCAAGGAAGACGGUGCCGAGAGAGUCGUGAAUGCGUUGAAGGGCGUUCGAGGCACCGUGACGAUGCAGGAGGCAGUGUCGAAGUGGAGAGAGUUCAUGAGAGGCAUCUACAGGAACCCGGGUGAGGGACCAAAGAAGUGGGUCUCGAGGUUCGACAUUCAUCUCAGCAAGGUCGGCAAGGCCCUCCACGCGGUGUGCAAUGACAUUCCAGCGACGGGCUUCAUGCGCGAAUUCAUCCCAGGGCUGAUCUUGCUAGAUGGUACGGGUCUGGAUCCAUCCGAGCAAGCGGCAGUGCUGGCGACAUCUGGUCCUAAGGGCAACUCGUACAUGUACCAGGACGUGAAGAAGGCGCUGGCAGAGCAAUGGUCCGAAGAGCAGUUGGCUGCCAGAGAUAAGCAAAAAGGGUACAAGUCCAGAAAAGGAGUGCACGCGAUCUUCGAGGACCCGGAGCAGAUAGGCGAGCUGACCGCGUGCGCGGAGGAGAUCUAUGACGAGGCUUACCAGGACGGCUUCGGAGAGGCCACCGACCUGACGGAGACGGCGAUGGCAGCCGCCGAGGAGCUCGUGACGGCGACGAUCGGUGACCCCUCGAUCGCAGAGGAGAAUCUUGGACAGGACGAAAGUCUAGCUGCGGCAGUACUUCCCGGAGAAGAACGAGCUGACGAGUGGACGGAGACGGCGUGCGCCGCCUCUCGCACGUUCCUGGAGGCUCGGAAGUUCAUCAACGAGGUGAAGAACGCGAGGGGCUACUUCCCACACGUCGUGGAGUUCGACAACUUCGUGGGCACGUGCGCCGAGGAGCAGAUCCUGGCGGAGAACGACGGCAACUUCGAGGACGGCACGUUCAUCUGCUUCAGCCUUGACGAGUGCAAGGGCUACGCACUUCUGGACGGCGGUGCGUCCAGGUCCGUGGGCGGUGUUGAGCAGCUGGAGUACCUGAACGAGCACUUGCAGCACCCGAUGGAGGUGAACCCGGGGGCGGGCCUGGGCUUCUCGUUCGCUGGUGGCGACCGGGCUGACGCUCCCUCGAAGGUCUCGUUUCAGGUCCACAACCUCGACAACCAGACAGUCGAGAUCUACGUGCUAGACCGCCCGUCCCCCAUCCUACUGGGAGUCGACAUGCUGAAGAAGUUUGGGCUAGUGAUCGACUGCGAGCGGAACACUGUGUACUCCCGGAGGCUCAAGAAGGGGACGAACGCACACGUGGAUCAGAUCAAGUGCAGGGACUGCGGAGAGAUCCUGUUCAAGUACAUCUUCGCGAAGCCGCAGGACGAGCAGCUCAGCCUCUGCAGCAAGUCGCGCGAGCACUUCCAGCGGUUGGAGGCGACGGGGCGCGCUCAACCGCGAGUUCGUCCCUCCUGCAACCCGGACAUGAACUACGCGGACAGCGCCUCAGAGAGCGAGCCGACUACCACGCGAAGCACCCCACAGCCUGCGUCAAGCCGCCCGCUGCCGAGCAGACUGUCGUCGGAGGUCAUCAGGACGCUCUCGGACACAGAGGUGCAGAUGAUCAUCGAGAAUGAGAGGAACGCGAUUCGACAGGAGGAGCAGACGCGCCUGGCCAAGGAGAUCAUCGUUAAGGGUCUCAUUCAGACUUCAGCCUCGUCAAAACCGGACGUCAAGAUCAAGGUGGAGGAGAUGAUCGAUCCGCCGAGGGCAAUGAAGCGGCAGGGCGUUCCAGAACCGAUGGUCAGCAAGAGUGCUUACGGAAUUCCAGUGCCCGAGGUGCUGAUGGAGAAAAGGCCACGGAAGGUCUGGUUCUCACCUCCUUGUGGAGCGGAGAGCCCUCUGCAGAACCUGAACCCCAUGACCGAAGAAGCGCAGAAGAAGCUGAUCAAAACUCGAAAGAUCCAGCGCAACAUGGUGUGGGCGAUCACACAACUUCGAGAGGCUGGAUUCUGUGACAUCUACCUGGAGCAGACAGGGAGAUGCAGAUCACGGACAGGUAACUUCAAGAGCCUCAAGCAGGAGCUGCAUGGAUGCACUAUCCACGGGUGCAUAUACGAUAUGCGCGAUGAGAAGGAAGACGUGCUGCUACAGAAGGAGUGGUACAUAGCGACAACCGAUGAGACGUUCGAGAAGGAGGUUGGACGUCGAUGUCAAGACCUACAUGUUCAUCUACCGAUCGAAGGAGGGACUCGUGUGGCGCUAACGGCGAACUAUCCCGUGAACAUGUGCAAGAAGAUAGCGAAGCACUUCAUGAAGAAGAUAACGUCCGACGAAGCCCUCUCGUAUCUGGUCAAGGGAUGCACGAAGAAGGAGCUCAAGGACAUGGAGGCCAUCAUCGCGCACCUGCACCGCAACUUCGGACACUGCAGCUUGACGACAGUUGAGGCCGCUCUCAAGACUCGGCAGGCCGACAAGAAGCUGGUCGAUCUGUGCAAGCACUACGAAUGCCCAUCGUGCAAGGCCGCUCAACGUUUUCAACUUCGUCCAAUCGCGAGCUCAGAGCCUUCAGUUCCGACGCCCGGGAAAGAGCUAGGAUGCGACAACUUCUAUUGGACACAUCCUCGGAGGGCGUAUCAUAUGAGAGGCACCCUGUGUGCAGACUACGGAAGUCGCUUCACUACGUGCCACGUACUCAACAGGGAGGAAAUGGAUAACAACUGCGGCAACACCACAGCUAAGGAGAUGAAGGAGACGGUCCUGAAGAGCUGGAUCCAGCACUACGGCAAACCAGAAGUUCUGAGAUCAGAUCCUGAAGGUUGCUUCCGACAAGCGGAACAUCGUGCGUGGCUAUCAGGUCAUGGAAUUGAAUGGCGACCAGAACCUGGAGAAGCUCAUUGGCGUAUGGGCGUGGUCGAAAGGUGCAUAGAGACGAUCAAGGAGAUUGCGACUCGGAUGGCCUGGGAAGUUCCGGACGACAUCGAGCCGCAGGAGAUCUUCACGUGGGCGUGCGCCGCUAACAACGACCUGAUGAGGCACAACGGCUACAGUCCACUUAUGCUCCUCAUGGGUCGCACUCCGGCUGGACAUGGUCUACAAGAUGAAGAGAAUCCCUCCACUCUCAGCGCAGAGGUGAAGGAGGAUCAAUUUCAGAAGCUCGUGCUGAACAAGCGGACUGCGUAUAAAGCCUGUGUAGAACACUACCUGUCCGAGAAGACGAAGAGAGCGCUGCUAGCCAAGACGCGACCGUUCAAGGUCUGGGAGCCUGGCGAAAAGGCACACUACUGGAGGAGCGCCAAGGGUAACAGCCACAAGACGAAGCAGGGCAUGUCUGGACGCUUCCAUGGUCCAGCUACGGUGCUGAUGCAAGAGCGCGAGGUCAAGAACGGAGUAGCAGAACGUCGCGGAGUUGUCUGGCUUGUGGAUGGUGAUCGACUGAUACGAGCAGCAGCAGCACACCUGCGCACCGUCACGAAGGCGGAGCAGACGCUGGAGAGUAUUUCGGCAGGCAGCUCAGACCAGUUCCAGAAGCUAGACCAGAUGAAUGGCGUGACAUUCCCGAAGGUGAAGAUGGACCGGGAGGAGAUCAACACCGAGAACCACCUCGUGACCACGGAGAUCACAUCUUCUCUGAGGCAGGCGACGAACAUGGACCGGAUCACGAAGAAGAAGAUCUACAAGGAGAACCAGCAGAAGUUCCCGAAGAGCCAGGAGGAGGACCUGACCGACCUGCUGACAGACCUCAAACCGAAGUUCCCUGGGACAACGAACCUGAAGAGACAUCGCGCCGACUUCGUGACCUACAUGGAAACGCUGAGGGUGAAGGCGCCUGACAUCUACGUGGCCGAUCUGGGACGCACAGAUCCUGAAGAAGAAGUCUCUCCGGAAUGGAGGACGCCCUGGGAGUGCUCGCAGAAGGCGAAGCAGGAAGACCUCGUCGGAUAUUCCACGGAGGACAAAGCAGGGCUCGCAGUACUGGCGGGCUUCACGAUAGACGAGAAGGACCUGGGCCAGCUGGAGAAGAAUCCAGAGAGAAUGCUGGCAGCCUUGGUGAAGCAGAACAAGGUUGAGGUCAAGCUGAAGGAUCUCACACCGGAGGAGAAGAAGCAGCGACCGUUCGCCAAGGAGAACGAGAUCAAGUCGUUCUUGAAGUAUCGCGUAUGUGAAGCGGCCAGUCGCGCUGGUGUACAUCCCGGAGCGUUAAUGAAGAUGCGCUGGGUCAUCGCCAAGAAGGAGACGGGCGACCUCAAGGCACGCCUGGUGGUUCUUGGCUACACUGAUCCGAGCUUGGGCCGUCUCGUCGGCAUUGCAGUCGCGCACGUGGACGACUUCAUGAUUGCGAUCAACAGUGCCUCUCAUGCCGCAAUAGACGCACUUCAAGAACUACAUGGCGCCUACGAGUGGGGCAGCUGGGAGACGCAAGACUUCGUUCAGUGUGGGGCUCGGAUUCGGCAAGAAUACGAUGGUCGUACUAAGAGCUGGGGUCGCAUCCAUCUGAACAUGGUCGACUACGCGCAGGAGUUGAAGGAGAUCGACAUAUCCACUCAACGUCGGAAGGAUCCAGAAGCUGGAGUGACACCGGGAGAGGCUUCUCAUCUACGAGCAGUUCUUGGACAACUGAUGUGGCUGUCCACUCAAGGUGUUCCACUCAUCAGCGCCGAGCUGUCAUUGCUACUAGCCUACACGAACACGGCGACGAUCAACGCCCUGAUGCAGGCGAACAAGCUGGUCAGGAGAGCGCGAGUGGAAGCGGUCAAGGAGCUGAUCAUGGAGAAGCACAUUAAUCUGUGUCUGGUGGGCGAGAUCCUCAUUGGUCCAAUUCCUCUGAAGCAGUGGGCACAAGGAUGUGCUCGCAUUCCAGGAGCGCUGGUACUAGACUGCCGUGGAGUGCUUGACGCCCUGGACAGGUCGGAGAGCAGCGCGCUGGGCAUGAAGGACAAGAGGAGCGCGCUGGAGGCCUUGGCACUGAAGAGAGGUAUGGCGGCUACGGCGACACCCCUACGUUGGUGUCAUAGUGGCGCCCGGCUCAGCGACUGCAUGACGAAGAACGCGGAGAAGGCCCGGGCGAGCUACAACCUCUGGCAGCAACGAGGUACCUGGAAGCUGAUCUACGAUUCCAACUUCAUCUCAGAGAAGCAUCGGAAACAGAAGGGUUUGGACACGCUCGAGACGGGCUUUGCAGUGGAUGCAGAUGAUGCGUGGCAGCUCUUCCCUGACUACAUGGAGAUCGAGGACACUGACCUGGACAUUGUGAGUGACUUUCGUCACCCUGGACUGCGACAGCAGAUGAUGCAAGAUGCGACGCCUCAAUGA